GUUGAUCUGGUUCAAGGUAAGCAACGGGACAAUAUAAGUCAGCAAGUUCGUCAUUCACAGUCAAGGCUUUUCGCAUCGAGAAUUCACAUCCACUCCCAGAAAAUAUGAGAUAUACUUCGUUUGUCGGAGGGAUGCUCGUCAGCCUCGCCUCUGAAGUUGUUGCUGAAUCUGUGACAAAAUGCGGCAAUACUGGCCUGGAGAGUUACUAUAACUCGACCACCUUGCCAUACGUCUUCUACAACAAUCCUUGGGGGAACGAUGGUUCUGGCUUCUCUUGUAUCACUGUGAAAAAUAACGGGACAGCCUUCGAUUCAACCUGGCGCUGGCUCAACAAUUCGGACAAGGUGCACGCAUACCCACAUUUCAAGCUCGACUCGCCGCUCUACCCACUCUUGGUGGAAGACUUGGCUUCUGUUGAUUUCACCGGCGACUUCAGCAUCAAUGUCACGUCUGCCGUGGGUGAGAGCCCGGAAGCUCGAGAAGAGGCGUUGACGGAUGAGGAUGUGCAAUAUAACGUUGCUUUGGACAUGUUUCUGGAUGCCAAUGAGACCCAGGCUAUGGCCGAGCUCCCGGCAUACGAAAUCAUGAUUUGGAUGUCUUACUCUUACCGGGUCUACCCCGUGGGAAUCGACACGUCGACGCCCGACAAGGAUCAAUUCAUUGUCAACGGCACCCGAUUCUUUUUGUUUCAUGGUAACAACACCCAAGGCCAAACUGUCUUCUCCUGGCUCCCUGAACACAAUCUCACGCAUGCAUCUGGCGAUUACUCGCCAUUGAUCCACUAUCUUUGGCAGUUUGACUUUAUGCCUUCAGACCUCUACCUCGGAACCAUCCAGUUCGGCACCGAAGAAUUCCAUUCACAGAGCGAGGUACUCUUUUCUGCUGGCAAUUACAGCCUAGGCAUCAGCGAAAAUCAGGAGCUCCAAGUGUCACAACUGGAGGCACCAAAGCCAGUCCCUGUUCCCGAUCAAGUGCCCACUAUGAAGAGAUUUGAAACGCAGAAUAGUGCUGGUCCUGCUACGCAGACGCAGCUGUUCUUCACAAUUAUCGUGGCCAUCAUUGCUGCUCUGAUAGUGGCUAAAUGACGUUUCGUCCUUUAACCUGAGGCAUUAUGCCAAUCCUCAAGCGAAUGUCCAUAGGUCAGCAUACAACACUUCCAUCAACACUUCCGCCAACACGUCGCAGAGUGGACAUGUCCUGGCUUUUGACAUCAGUCUUCCAGAUCAGAAGGACUGCUCAACAGCCAUGGACUCCUCUUAUCGCGGGCUUGUGACCAUACCCCCAACAAGAACGAGUGGAAACCCACCCUAUUCCGGGUCCCAAGACCACCUCAGAAUCGGGUUUCUUGGCUCCAUUGGCCUAAAAUCGAUUCACGAUUUUGUCUGCAAUGCUACUGCGACGUCGUCCGCCCAUAGCUUCGCUCUGGCGGCGAAUGGUCUCGACGAACUCCUUGUCGUUAUCAACAUGGCCUUCGAACGACCAUAGAGCAGGGCACGGGCCAAGCUUUCGUCGGAAGAUAUAGGUCUUUAUCCACCAUGGAAGGACAGUACCCACUUGAUGGCGCAUGAAUGUCCUCGUGGGAAUAGCAAAGAUGUAGUCGAGUUCCUCCUAUAACAUGGUUAGGGAGGAUUAAUGUUUGAGACAAUAGUGCCCAUCCUGCACGGUAAUUACGUACUAAUGUCCUUUGUUUCGUUUCG